CGCCGCACCGCCACUGCGUCAAGUGUGGUCGACGCGGCGAAACAAAGACGUCCGGUAGGCAGUCGUGUUCGCCACGAGGAGGCGCCUCGGCGGUCCUGCUCUUCAGCAGCGGUGGGUGGACGCUCCAAUCGGAAUCGCGUUGUUGGGCCGGGCUGUCUUCCUGACGUGGUUUCAUGCGUCUUCAAACGUGGCGGCAGAUGUGCACGAAGGUGGGCGGCGGUGGACGUCGUUUUUUUUCUUUGAAGGACGUGAUGGACGGCUGCGAUGGCGAUGGACCUGCUGUGCUGUCGACGACGGAGAAGACAGCUGUCGCGGCGGCUGCGGUUGCCGUUGUCCGUCGUUUCCAAAUCGAGAGUGCGGCCGGGCGCAUGAAGGCAGCGCUUUCGAUGCGGCGGCAGAGGCUACUGCUGCAAAGGGUGUUGGAUGCCCCGGACUGCAUCACCACAUCCCAAGCUGUGGUUCAGCUGUGUGCUGCAAUCGGGUGCGGUUUGCUUCCUCGGGCGACACCACGUUGGUGGAUGCGGCGGAGAGCUGGCGGGACUUGGGAGGAUUUACGGGUGUGCGAUGACGCGACAGACGACUACUUCCGGGAAAAGCUCCGCAUGUCCAGGAGAGUGUUCAUGGAGAUCAGCGAAGCAUGUGCGCCUCAUGUGCAGCGGCAGGUGACGUUUUACAGGGAGCCACUACAGACUUCCGGAGUUCGAGCCGUGCGCGAUGUGACAACCGCUAUUUUGAGGGUGUACGGGGAGAAGAUGUCGUGGCCGACGGGGGUGCGGAAACAAGUCGUGCUUCGGGCAUUUCUGGACAAGGGCUUUCCAAACUGCCAUGGCGCAGUUGACUGCACACACAUCUACGUGGACAAACCGGCGAACGCGCCGAGCGAGAACUACUUCAAGCGCAAGCACCGUUUUUCCGUCAUUGCGCAGGUUGUGGUGGACCUGGAUCUGCGCGUCCUUGAUGUGUUCGUGGGAUAUCCAGGUAGCUGCCACGACAUUAGGGUGACCCAGCUGUCAAGUCUGUCCAGGCGCGCGGAAGAGGGAUUGCUGUUUCGUGGGCCUCCUGUGACGCUGCCAGGAGGGGUGACGACGAACAGAUACAUCUUGGGCGACAAUGGGUAUCCUCCUUCUGAGUGGGUGGUGGUGCCGUACGGAGGAAUCAAUCAGCACCCGGACGAGGAAAGGUUCGACACGAAGCAGAAGGUCGCAAGAGGGGCCGUGGAGAGGGCGUUCGGGAGGUUGAAAGGGAUGUGAGGCUCUUCCUGCGGACGCACAAGACGAA